CACGCGCAUGUGUUGUGCGCUAUGACUGUAAACUUUGUCCACGAGCUCAGUCAGUUGGCGGCGGACCGUUGGACGGUUGCUACCGCGUCUGUCUCUGUGCCGUAACGGGAGCCCCUCCGUUAAUCAUGUCCGACUAACGGUUUAAUUCGGAGAGAUAAAUUAAAUCCCGGAGAAAUGGAGGCUGUGAGCAAGUGGACCCCGCAACAAGUGGUGGACUGGAUCCGAGGGCUGGACGACAGCCUGCAGCCGUACAUCCCGUCCCUCCAGCGGCAGCAGGUUGACGGGGAGAAGCUGCUCAGGAUGUCCCACCAGGAGCUGCUGUCUCUGGGCAUGGCGCGGGUCGGACACCAGGAGCUGUUGCUGGAGGCCGUGGAUCUGCUCUGCGCUCUGAACUACGGCGUGGAGAAGGACAACCUGAAGACUCUGGUGGGGAAGAUGAGAGCUGCGCACCACAACCUGAACAGCUCGGUGUCGCAGCGCAGGAAGAACCCCGCCUACCACUGCAAAAUCUCCCAUCAGCCCUCCAACGAGUUCCUGACCGCCGUGGUCGAGCUGAUCGGCGCCGCCAAGAGUCUGCUGGCCUGGCUGGACAGGACUCCGCUGACGAGCGCCAACGACUUCACCUCCACCAAAAGCAGAAUCAUCCAGCUGUGUCUGGAGCUCACCUCCACCGUGCAGAAGGACUGCACUGUUUAUGAGAUCGAGGAGAAGAUUCUGGAAGUGUCCCGAGCUCUGAACUCCGUCUGCGAGAAGACGGCCCAGGCGGCCUCGGACCCCUCAGAGAGCGGGAUGUCCUGUCUGGAGGAGGUGCACAUCACCAACAUCAAGCCUGGCGAGGGACUGGGUAUUUACAUCAAAUCCACCUACGACGGGCUUCACGUCAUCACAGGCACAACGGAGAAUUCUCCUGCAGAUAAAACUCAGAGGAUUCAUGCUGGAGAUGAAGUGGUUCAGGUCAACAAACAGACCGUGGUGGGCUGGCAGUUGAAGCACCUGGUGGAGAAGCUGAGGGCGGAGUCUGGCGGCAUCGUCCUGGUGGUGAAGAAGAGGCCGUCGGGAACGAGUGGCUUUGCUCCCGCGCCGCUGAAAAACCUUCGCUGGAGGCCUCCGCUCAUACAGACCUCUCAGGGAGCUCCGGGUCUCUACAGGUCCCAACAGCCAGAAACAUCCGACGCUCCUGGGAAGAGAGGGACGACGGCCACGUUGGAUCUGUACGUCCCUCCACCCCCGGCGGCCCCGUACGCACCGCUAGACGGGAACGUGAACGUGUCUCCAGGUGUGAAAAUGAGGCCCAAGUCUCCGAACUCGAGUCUGGACGCAGACGUGCGGCGGCGCUCCGCCAUCGCCGACGACAAAUGGACGUCCGUCAGGUCCCCCCCGCCCGAACACAACCAACCAAUCGCUGUGUGCCUUCGACAGCGCUCGUCUACACGCUGUAAACCUCGACCCGUCUCCAUGCCGGUGGAGUCGUUUUCAGGGGACCCGUCCUCCAGGCCCGGGGCUCGGGGAAGGAAAGGGCAGGACGUCCUGCACAGGUAUCUGAGCAACGAGGGUAUCAGCACCAUCACAGAGGAGGAGCCGUGUUUCCCUCUGCCGUACCGAGGACACCCGUCCGUCCGCGGCGUGGACCACAUCAGAGGCAGCCAGUGCUUCAUCAACGCCAACCUGCACAACAGCGCCACCAUCCCUUACCAGGAAGCCGUGUCCAAGAAGUCUGCUGCUGCCUCCACCUCCCCCUCUGCUGCCGUUUCUCCCCCCGCGGCUGUAACCAAACCCUCGACGUCGCUGCUCGGAGGCUGGCUGGCUCGUCUCAGCUGUGGUCUGUUUCUUGGUCGAUUGUUUCUCACAGACAGCUUCCUCCUCGGCCGAGCGUCAGUCUGCUACGAAGACGCCACACGGCCGGACGUCCAGACUGCAGCAGGCUCGACUGCAGCCAUGAGUCGCAGGCGGAUCUCGGUCAAAGAUCUGGGGGCGUUGGACUGCGAGGGCUGGCUUCUCCGCAGGAAGGGGGGCCGCAGUUUCCUGGGAAGCAAAUGGAAGAGAUACUGGUUUGUCCUGAAGAAGAGUUCUCUGUACUGGUACACCAGCCAGAUGGCGGAGAAAGCAGAAGGCUUCAUCAACCUGUCGGGCUUCACCAUCCAGCAGGCCACGCAGUGCAGGAAGAAGCAUGCCAUGACAGCCAGUCAUCCCCUAGUUGUGACGAUUUUCAUCGCUGCCGAGAGCUUCUCAGACAUGAACAAGUGGAUCAGUAAACUGUCCGAAGCAGCCGAGCCGUGUGAACUGAUCAACGCCAAAGAGUGCUACAGCGAAGGCAGCGAUCAGGACGCUGACGAGUGUGCGGCUACUUCCUGUUCUCUGAACUCUGAGCAGGAAACAGCUGAUUCUGAAAAUGGAGACGUUCCUCAGCCUCUCGGUGAGCUGUCCCCCUGCACCUCCACCCCGCCAGCUUCACCGACCAGUGAGAACAGAAGAAGAAGCACCUUGGAGGGGAGGACUUUAAGUAGAAACAGAAGAGUAAGAAGAAGAGCGUCAUCAGAGGGCGGUGAACGCCUGUCCUGGCUGGACCCGGCCGGGUCUGACGGAGCGUCCCUCCCUCUAAUCCACGUCGGAGGAGAAAAAGAAGACGAGAACGUCCACGAGAAGCCCGCUGAUGAGAUGGAGUGCCUCUACAACGACCUGAAGGCAGCCAGCUUGUCUCCGAUUGGACAGUCCAGUCAGAGGGACUUCAGAGCGUCGUUCGUCAGACGAUGUCAGAACGACAAAGUCAACGACAAGCUUCAUCUGCUCCGGAUCCUCCAAAGCACACUGAAGGCCAAAGAGUCGGAGCUGCUGGUGUUGGAGCAGAUCCUUACCGCCCCGACCCUUGCGGCACCCACAUACAGGAAGUGGAGACUGUCCAACGCCGUGGUGCUGCAGGAGAUCGCUCAAUGCAACCAGGCAGCAGGAGUCGCUGCACAGCUGAGAUAAACUCUGGUUCCUCGCUGAAACACUGCUGGGUGAACUGGGACCAAACUGCUAAACAUAGGAUCUCCAUACAGACGGCAGUGGUGGAAAGUAACUAAGUACGUACUGAAUGGCUAACUUUUCAACC